GUCAGGAUACGAGAUGAAUGAACGCUCGUUUAUGUUACUAUUUUUUGAAAUUGGCUAAGAUCGGGUCAGAAGUCGAGAAUUCCACUAUUGAGAAACAGCGCAAGGAGCUGCAGCUGCUCAUCGGAGAAUUAAAAGAUCGGGAUAAAGAGCUCAACGACAUGGUGGCGGUGCACCAGAGGCAGCUGCUGUCCUGGGAGGAGGACCGCCAGAAAGUGCUGACCCUGGAGGAGCGCUGCAGCAAGCUGGAAGGUGAACUACAUAAAAGAACAGAAAUAAUCAGAUCACUCAUGAAGAAGGUCAAGGUCCUGGAAUCCAAUCAAAUCGAAUGUCAGACAGCUCUCCAGAAGACUCAGCUACAGCUGCAGGAGAUGGCUCAAAAGGCAACACACUCUUCCCUUCUCUCCGAGGACCUUGAGGCUAGAAACGAGAAUCUCAGCAGCACAUUGGUGGAGCUUUCUGCUCAGGUGGGACAAUUACAAGCUAGAGAACAGGCUCUCACUACAAUGAUAAAGCUGAAGGACAAAGAUAUUAUCGAGGCCGUCAAUCACAUUGCAGAUUGUUCGGGUAAAUUUAAAUUGCUAGAGCAUGCUUUGCGUGAUGCCAAGAUGGUGGAGAAUUCUAUUGUGAAAGAAAAGCAAGACUAUAAACAGAAGUUGAAGGCACUCAAGAUUGAAGUCAAUAAACUAAAAGAGGAUCUAAAUGAAAAGACAACAGAAAACAACGAACAGCGGGAAGAGAUCAUUCGCCUCAAGCAAGAGAAGAGCUGUCUGCAUGAUGAACUGAUCUUCACUGUGGAGAGAGAAAAGAGGAAAGACGAGCUACUGGAUAUUGCCAAGUCAAAGCAAGAACGUACGAACUCAGAACUCCAUAAUCUGAGACAGAUUUAUGUAAAGCAACAGAGUGAUCUUCAGUUUCUUAAUUUCAAUGUGGAAAAUUCUCAGCAAUUUAUACAGAUAUGUGACUCAAAGAUGGAGGAAUCAAAGACCCUGGAAUCCAGCAGUGCCAUGUGUUUAUCAGACCUUGAGAACGACCACCGGAAAGUCGAUGCUCAGAGAGAGAAGUCUUCGGUCACGGACCACAGAUUCGAGGCCAGGUUGGCCCAGCACAAUCGGUCAGAGAAGAGCUCUUGUAAUGCUUGCAAAGAGAAGAAAUUGCAGACCGGUACUGCGGCGGGGGAAAGUGUGAUUACUCUCUCUUCUCUGUUUACCAAAGACUUGACGGAGAAACCGAGGUCUUGGCCUCCGGGUGCAAAACUCCGGACUGACGGGGCCAGGCUCCGGGGCCUGGAGGAGGGGCGGCGGCGCGACCUCGACCUCGACCUCGACAUCUACCUGGGCCUGGCCGGGAGGGCGGACGCCGAGGAACCCGUCCCGGGCGCCCGCACCAACCGGCUCCCCCCGGGGCGCAGUGUGCGGUGUUCAGCUUUCCAUUUCCCAAACUUCAUCGCUUUCUUCAGUCAUUCCUCCUCCUGUCUCACUCUUCACAGGGAGCUGACCCAGUCCCAUUGUUUGAGUUCCUCAAAACCCGCCAUAAACUGGGAUGAGACAGAGGCCUUUCCUGAUGAAAAGAACACACCCACCAGUUUGUUAAUCGACAGAGAUUCAACCCUGUCUAAAGAAAAGGACGACUUCUCGCCCACGAGCAAGCUGCAGCGUCUGCUGGCCGAGUCCCGGCAGAUGGUCACCGACCUGGAGCUCAGCACGCUGCUGCCCCUCGGCUGCCAGGACCCGGGCGGUGGCGCCAGAAGCAAGGCUCAGAAGAGUCAGCUCAAAAGAACACCUUCAUCAGUCCCUGAAGAACACACAGACAGCCCCAGUGUUCACCGAGGCCCUGGAAGCAGAUUUCUGGUCCGAGUGAAGGCAAAGCAAACGUCAGUAAGGCUCCCUUCCCUAAAACCAGAUCGUGGGCCGUGAGCCUUCGCGGGUCCCGGGAAGCAGGGCUGAGCACCUACUUUGGUUUUCAGUGAAGUGUUCCAUGUGGCUUUCUCAUACCUUUACAAGCUUGGGAUUAUGCCAAGAGGGAGAAGACUUCUGUGGAAGGACCCAGGUGCCCUGCAGCCCUGGAGAACAUCGGAACCGAGUGUGAAAUCCACUCGCUCUGCCUUCUCGGGACUUGCACGCACAUCUAAGUUAGAAUCAGGGAGCUCUCAGAGUCGGCUCCAAAUAUGUGAGGACAGUGUUGUCUUCUAUAGUUUUAGGGCUGCACUUUGCCGGUUAAUAGACAUGACUGAGAGUCACAUGACGCGAGUGGGGGUCAUUUGCCCUUGGCUGCUGACUGUCCAGGUCAUCUGUCCUAGGCCAGGCAGAGUCCGUCUUGCUGGAUUUGUAUCUGUCCAUCCAUUAACACAAACAAAUGUGUACUGGAAGAUCAA